UAAAAUCAACCGGUUUCUCACACAGCUAAACGAUAACGUUUAGUCGCCGUGUGGUCGCUGAGGGCUAGUACGGAAUUAUAUCUUUAGUUAAUCUCGGUAUUAUAUGUAGUAAGGAAUAAGCGAUGUCUGGUUUUAAUUUUGGUUCCGCUUCUACUAGUGGAUUUAAUUUCGGUGCAUCGGCUAGUAAACCUGCAUCAACACAACCUGGUUUCUCCUUUCCAUCAACAACGAAGUCAUCAGUAUCAUUCGGUCAAACGACAACACUAGGGCAAAAUACUACACAGGCUGGCGCUAGUGGAUUUAAUUUAGGCACAGGAACAAACACUACGACCAGUUCAUCUACUUUUUCAUUUGGGAAUAAUACUUUACCUUCGAAACCAACUGGUCUGACACUUCCGCAAGUAUCAACAUCUGCAACAGCUAAUACUACUUCUCUACCAACUUUCACAUCCGGUGGAACAGGAUUUAACUUUGGAGCCAAAACAACAGCUCCAGCAUUAGGUGGAAUAGCGACCAUUUCAACUACCACAGGAACUGCAAGUAAUACUACCGGUAGUUUUAAUUUUGGUGGUCUAACGAAUACUUCGAGUCCUUUCUCCAAUAAUACAACAAUAGCUAGCAAAGGGCUGGGAGGAGUGGAUGCAGCAACAGCUCAAGCAAAUGAAAAACAAUCUGCAAAAGCUGCUAAAGAUGCUAAUAUACCAAAAGAAAUAUUACAAACUGUCGAAGAAUUCAAAAAAUUUUUAAAUAAUGAAAAAAAGUUUAGAGAAGAAAUUUCUCGUCAUUCAACGAAAGCUUCUGUUAACGUUGUAAAAGAAGUAAAUUCGUUAAAACAACAAGCCGCUUUAGAAUCAUCUAAAGUUGAAAGAAAUAAAAUUAUGAUUGAAUGCCUAAAACAAGACAUUAGGUCUGAAUUUCGUAAUGCAGAAAUGGCCAAGCAUACAAGAGAUAUUCCCGAAACAUUACAAUAUGAAAAUAUCGCACCUGGAUUAUAUUUCGAAACUUUGAUAGAGAAUUAUGAGCAUAGUAUGGUUAUAUUUAAACAGCAGAUUGACGAUUUAGAACGUCAUUUAAUGAGUACAACUGAGCAAAUAGCUCCUUUAACUGCACAAGAUUUAUCCGAUGUUAUGAAGCAAUUACACUCCAGUUUUAUUUGUUUAGCAGCUAAUCUGCAAAGUGUGCACGAUAAUGUUCAAUCCCUUAAGGAGCAAUUUUUGUCAUAUUUGAAACUCUAUAAAAAUGACAACAGAAAUGUUUUUGAUAAGAAAACGGCUCCAGCACCUAAACCAAUUGUACCUCCAACAACAAUAAUACCAAGCAACUCGAUUUCUUCACCUGCAGCUGCUGCUGUUGCUGCUGUGUUGAGCCGUGUUCAGCCUCCGUUUAAUUCCAGUAGCUUAUCAGGUUAG